UUCUUUCGGUCACAGUCCAAUUGGACACUGAUGUUUCCGUGAUGUCUUUGAACGCAGCACCAUUGUUGCCGUCUGGGAGUGGCCCGGAGUGCACCUGUCCAACCUGUUCAAUAGGGGACACUUGACUCCUGAGGAAUUUCCCCCCUACAACUCUUGUCCUUUGUUCCAGCGGCUUUACAACGGGUCAGAGCCAGAGGGGAGGACGAGUAAACAGCGGCGAGAGAGAGCGAGUGAGAGGCGGAAGGAGAGAUGUCGGAUCCGGCUACGAAUCCCACUACGAAUCCCGCUGCCACCUCCUUCCCGGCGCCCACCCUUUCGCUGCCACUGGGACUGGAAGUGUUGAGGACUUACUCUGGAGCGCUUGUCCUCUUAGAAAUAUUAUUUGGUGGUUUAGUAUGGAUCCUGGUGGCUUCCUCCAAUGUUCCCGUUCCUCUGCUGCAAGGCUGGGUCAUGUGUGUGUCUGUCAUUGCCUUCUUCCUCUCCUCCGCCUACCUCACCUUACUCAUCACCGGCCUGGCAGACCGCAUCAAUACUGAUUGGAACUUUUUGGAUGUCUUCUACCAUUUCAUAGCUCUGCUUUUCUACUUUUCCGCCUUCGUGCUGGAAGCGGCGGUGACAGCAGCCAACGGGGGAGCCAUCAUCGCACCACUGCCAAACAGCACCACAGCUGUGAUGUGUAUACACUACCCUAAGGGAAAUGUAUUCACGGUGCUCACUGGUAACCAGUACGGCAUUAAUGUAGUAGCCACGAUAUUUGCGUUUGUGGUGACGCUGUGCUACGGCUGCAGUUUGGUGAUGGGCUUCAAGCGGUGGAGGAUCUAACCUGCAACAUCACGACUUCAUCCACAACACUGUAUUGUAUUGUUACAAACUUGUGUCAAGAUUGUGUGUGUCUUUUAGAUUUUUGAGAAUUGAUACUGUAUUUCCACUAGCAAUGACCAACAAUUUUUUUGAGGUCAUUGAAAGUGUACUGUAAUACACUUUCAAUGAAGGAUUUUACUGACGCUUAGGAAACAGUUUUUUAAAUUCACAUCAACACUGCGGCUUCCUUUUUUUCUGUGUCACAUCCUCAUUGAAGGGAAUAUUUCCCAUCAACCAAUACCACAAAACACCAGCCGUGCUGCUUUUGUUUCAUGCAUAACCGAGAAUAUGGUUGCACAAUUUCAUGAAAAAAAACUUGAACACGCAGUGGCGGAUUAAUGCAAAGGGGAUCGAAAGUCACUUCACAUGAAACUUUUAUGAACGAUAGAGUUCAUUUGGUAUCACUUCUUGUCCCUAACACAACAUCAACUGUUGCACUAAUCUGAUAAGAUUACUGUGUGAUUUAUGAAAAAUGUGCAUGAUUACACACUAAGUACUCACAUAAGAAAAUUAUGCUUUCAUGGGAUAGCAUACACUGUCAUAGUAUUACCAUAGUUAGGUGACUUAAUUUGUUGAUGCUUGAAUACAUUUCCACACAUAAUAAUAAUACUAUCACUUAAUUACACUCGUUUGCCAAACUGAUGUUUUAGUAGUUCACUGACACUGUUUAUAAUAGGAUGUUAAAUUAUUAAUCAUUUUGAAAUGCAUUUAGGAUGCAUGAUUGAUUGCAUGUGUUAACAUUUUGGUGCCUUUUUAAUGUACAGAAAAAAAUGUUUAAUAAAAGAUGUCAUCUACGUGAAUGCACGUGUUCCCUUUCAAAAUCAGGGAGUUAAGAUGUUUGCGUAACGUCAGGUUAAUAACAAUACACUGAACGGGUCAAUGUAUUCUUGAUUCGCUUCCAAUUUGGAACAUUGCUGUGUCGCCCUCUAGUGGUUGGUUAUUGGACUUACAGUAAACCUUUGCCCUUAAGCUUUUAGUUCUGCAUUUCAAACCGACCGCUUUGUAAAUAUGUGCAUACCGGUAUAUUAAUAUUGUCAUUCACCCAUGUCAUUGUAUUCUCUGGGCUUGAAACAAUUUAGUAUGUAUAUAUAUAUUUUUCCUAUCUCCUAAGUCCCU